AUGGUGUUUUUAAACUGUGCAACAUCUUUAAGCUUUUACUGGCAUCGAGAAAAGAGGAGGAAGAUGAGGGAGGAGGGGGAGAUGUGGGAGACGGGGGAGAAGAGGGAGAUGAGGGAGGAGGUGAAGGGGGUCGUGCUGGGGGAGGAGAAGGGUUGUGCUGGAGGAGGUGGGUUGUGCUGGGGGAGGAAGAGGGUCGUGCUGGGGGAGGAGGGUGGUUGUGAUGGGGUAGAAGGGGGUCGUGCUGGGGGAGGAGGGGGAGAGGAGACUUGCUGA